GAUGCCGUGGAAAACGCAAAGGAGGUUUGCGAUUUCCGAUAUGCUGAAAUCGAGGGCGAUCAGGGCCUGGGCGCGCCAGAGCGCAAGAAGCUGCUAACCUUGCCCCUCACGAGGACAAAGGAACUACUCAGCAACAUGCGCCAUGCUGAAGAGAUCAUUGCAGGUGUGCGAGAGACACUUCAUGCGCUGUGUGGUCAGUCCCAGCUGAAGUUGGCCGACACACGCCAGGUACCUCCAGACUUCCAGCCCGAGACGCUGGAUUCUGACAGUGCACCGCCGCCAUGCCCGAACGGGCCGCCGCAUCCGCCUGUGAAGGUGAGCGCGACUGCACCGAUUUCAGUGCCCACCGCACUUCCGUUGAAGGCGCAGGUGCGAAUGGACCAGGUCGUUCUUGAAGCCCUUCGAGAAGACAACAAGAGAAAG